AUGAGUAACGAAUAUGUCAAGCGAAAGGUGGCUCUGAAGGACAUGAAUCCAUGCAUGAUAUGUUCUAAACCAGCAACCACCGUUUUGUUCAAUCAAACAUUAAAAGAUUUGAUAUACACAUGUGAUAUACACCUCAUAGAAAAUCCAGGUUUUGUUGUACCAAUCCACUCUCAAGAAUAUAAUAGCACCGUUGCAGAAUUACAACGAGUGAAGCUUCAACUAAAAGUGCAAGCGUCUAAUGGUUCCGGUUCAUGGGAUACGUGGGUUAACAAAAUAUUUACAAAGAGGAAUUCUUCUAAGGACUCAGAAAAUUCAGAUGAUACCAAAAAAGAUGAGACUCCAACUCCUGUGAAAGAAGACCAGGAUAAACUACCCGCAAUAGAUUAUCAAUCAGAGUAUAACAAGCUUCUAGAUAAGAUGACAGAACUUCAAAUGAAGGUUAGAAAUUUCAAAUUGAAUGACAAUAUGUUUCAACACAGACUACAAACUAAAAAAGCUCAACAAAUUGCCAUUGCAAAGAGAAAGAAAGAAGAAGCGAAUUAUUCUAAUACUAAACCAGAAGAAUUAGAAAAGGUGUUCAGCUUCCCAACCGUCCCAAGUAAUGAUCCAAAUAAAAAAGGACAAUGA